ACAGUUGUGAAUGAGACGUCGUGGAGUGUGGACUUGUGGAAACAGAGAGCGCGCUUUUAUGGGAAAUUAUCGAUAAUCAAACAUUCGAUUCGUUUUACGAAAUUCAGACAUUACUUUUGAUUUAUAGUUCGAAAUUGUUCUUUGGUGUUGUGGAUGUGUGAAACUGAAGUUUUUUUUUUGGAUUUUACGCAAACGCGUAGAUGUAGCCCGGAUGCCGCGCCUUCAUAGCACGCAUUGGAAAGCAUCCAAAAAAAAUGAAACAGCGACAAUUAAUUUUUGAGUGACCACAAAAAUAGCAUCAGUUAUGAGUGACACGAAAGUAACCGUCUAAAAAUUAUGAAUUGUCUUUGUGAUGCUCAAUAAUGAGUUUUAGUAGUACGGUGUUGGAGGAAUGCGAACUUUGAUGUUGAAGACGUAAAAUUUAAAUUUAUUUGCGUAAACGCAGAUUCCUUCGGGGAAUAAAGAGCGAAACAAUGUCUAUAUAGUUUUUGGAUUUUGGUGAAAUCAAUGAGUGUCGCAGUUUUAUCACGUGUGCUGUGUCGACGGACGCGUGGUGUUAGUGAAAAAUGGCAAUGCUGAAUUUUAAAGUGUGCCUCUGGAUUUUGACGUUUCAAAUACUGAUCGACUCGAGCUUGGAGAUAAUUGAUUCACACGUAAUCCAAGUGUGGUCAGCACCAGGAGGGACGACACGACUGCCUUGCGAUCUGGCGGCUCCUGUACGAGACGUCGCCAUGAUGCUGUGGUUUAAAGACGGCGAUAGAAUGCCCAUAUAUACUGUGGAUUUUAGAAACGGUCCAUCAGUACAUUGGGCUACAGCUGGUGAGUUCGGUGCCAGAACUCACUUUGUGCUAAACGAAUCCGAUCCAUCAUCAGCGCACCUGGCGGUCGAGAAGGUCGUCAGAUACGAUGAGGGGAUAUACAGAUGUAGAAUUGACUACGUCGAUUCCCCGACCAGGAAUUAUCGUGUCAAUUUAACUGUAAUUGUGCCUCCAGAACCACCUCGGUUGUACGAUUCCGAGGGGAGGGAGAUUCUGGGGAACUUCGCGGGACCUUUCCGGGAAGGACAAAACUUGCUUUUAUCGUGUCAAGCGGCUGGAGGUAAACCACCACCAGACGUUUCUUGGUACCAAGGUCCAGAUAGACUUGCCUUCACCAGAGAAGGCUCGGUCUGUCAACUUCACAUCCCAACUCUGAGCAGGGAGAUGUCCGGUGCCAAGUUCCAGUGCAGAGUGGAACCACCUUUACUCGAACCGCAGUUCAGGGAUGUUACCAUCAAAUUGUUUUUGAAACCCCAGUUCGUCAGAGUGACUGGCAGUGGCGCGACCAGAGCUGGCCAGAAUCGUUCUUUCGUGUGCACGACACGAGGAUCGAAGCCAGCUCCUAACAUUGACUGGUUCAUCAACUCGCGCCUCGUGGAUUCGACUAUGACCGAGGUCGAAGUAGAUGGUGAUGUUACAAAGAGUAUUCUAACUUGGCACGUGAGAAGAGAAGACAGCGGUAGACAAUUGGUGUGCCGUGUCUCGAAUCCAUGGUUCCCUGCCUACACCAUAGAAGAUUCCUUAAUGUUUGAGGUUAUGUAUCCACCAGUAUCUCAAAUAUCUCUGAUAGAGCCCAAGGAGCCUCGUUUGCUGCGAGAAGAUGAGAACGCUGUGCUUCUUUGCUCUGCUGAUGCUUCACCGGCAGCCUACAACUUCACCUUUUACAAAGGUACAGAGGUGUACCAAAUCCGAGACGACCCUAUAGCAGGGAUAGCUGUGGAAGGCGAUCGACUUAUGCUUCGAGGUUUGAGAAGGCAUCAUUCAACCGUAUACCGCUGUAAGGCUAGGAAUUCUGAAGGCAGCGCUUUGAGCGACCCCCUCACACUAAACGUACUAACACGCCCAGAGUGCUCAGCUGGUUCAGUAGUCCAGCAAUUAGCGGGAGCUCCUGGAGGAGAAGUGAGAGCAAGGUGUUCUGUUAAUGCGCCGUCAUCAAGAGACGCUGGCCCUUUGAGGUUUUACUGGACUUAUAACGGAACUAAAGAUGUUUUACCGGUUCCGGCAUCCAAUGUAACAGUUAUGGGAUCCAGCAGUACAGUGAUUCACGGUCUGCAUGACGAUGAAGACGAGGACUUGGGCUGGCUGGCGUGCUGGGCCAGUAACGACAUUGGAAACCAGAGAGAACCUUGUCUGUUCAGGAUAAUGCCUGCUGCUUUGCCUGAGCCGCCAAGUAACUGCGAAGUCACAAACGAAGUCCUCCGUUGUGAUGCUGGACACGACGGAGGCCUCUCCCAGCAGUUCCUGUUGGAGGCGCUGGAGGAGGUACGGCCACGCCAACCAACAGUCGACGAGAAUGAGAUAUCAACUAUGAACGACCAGGGUAUUUCUGGACGCGGUCUCUCCGAAGCCGUCUACAGGUACAGGAAUGACAAGCCGCAGUUCUCUCUAGACGCCCUGUCACCUGGUCGGUAUACAUUCCUGAUCUAUGCUGAGACUCCUCGAGGCAGGUCUCCCAGGCCGGCCGCGUUGAGAAGCGUGUCAAUUCGAACUGUUGAAGAUCUGGACAGACCGGGUUCUCUGCAAACAAUGACACCCGGUCCUCCCUCUCCGCCUGCCCAGACUGACAACAGCGUCGCAUUAUUAGUAGGUGCAGCACUUUCAUUGGUACUGCUGACCAUAUUGACGACACUUUGUGUUGCUCUUGUCGUGAUGUGUAAGAAGAAAAAUCGACCGCGGCGUGGUGCUGAACCAGAUACAAUAUCGCGUCGCAACAUCGGCGUUUCAAUGUAUGGAGCCUCAACCAUAUCUCCGAGUAUAGUGCCCACGGUGGUGGUGAGAGGACAUAGAGGUUCCAGGGUAUUAGCAGCCAGGUGGUCUGGAGUACUAGACGAUGCUCCACUCGCAGUCCUAGCCUUGGAUACUAGACCUCAUGAUAGUGAUUCGAGUCGGAGCGAUGAAGAUCAUCAUGAAACAUCAUUGACAAGGCAUAUAGACGAUACAAGUCAAAUAGAUACUUGAUAAUACGGUGAUGAAAAAUAUUUUAUUUUAGUGAUACAUGAGCAAAUGACAGCAUCAGAAUGUUUAUAACUAGUAGAUAUGGAAAACAAAAAGAUAAUAAUGGCGGCGAUGUGCAGUAUAUUUGUGUUCAUAUUUAUAAUUACAUCAUGAUGACGCUAUUUAUAAAUGCAGAACUUUGAAAUUUAAUGUCUAAUUAAUUAAUCUAAAUAAGUAUUUGGAAGUAAAAUGUAGACAGUUGCAUUAAUAAAGAACAUUUUAAUGAAUAUGUGUUCAGCCCUACAUUUUUUAAAACGUUCGUAAAAUUAUCGGAAACAAAAAAAUAGUUCCUAUUUUAUUUUUAAUUGUAACAGUAGACUUUUAAACGGUAAUUUUAAAUCAUCGUAUUAAACGCAUUCUUUUCAAAAACAAAACAUAAACCUGAGCGUAUUUGCACAUACAUAUGUAGAUGUUACAAUACAAUCCUAUAGGGAAAACCAAAUCUAGAUGUGCUUAAGUUUUGUUAUAAUUUAUUGACUAGAUUUUCUUAAUUAUAAAGUGUAAUUGUGGUAGCGAUGGGCGAUUAGUAUUGACAACGAUUCCAUAACAGAAAACUGAAGGAAUUCUUUAUUUAGGAGGCUAUUCUCAAAACUGCACAAGAAAUCGCUAAAAUAAUUGGGAAAAAUAUAGAUUUUUUGAGAUAUCCAUUAGAUCGUGUAAUUAAUUGACAUUGACUGGGCCAGAUUUUUGUAUGAGCUACAGUAAUAAAAUAAAUCGCUAAACUUAAGACAACUGUUAGGUGCAAUGCUUACAAUUUAUCAAUGAUUCCUCAUUACUUGGAACCAGAGCUUAGAGAUACAGUAUUUACAUUCCAUAGUACCAAUAUCACACACAUGUCAGAUCAGAACUAUAUUUACCGUACUUAGUCAAGAUCUGGAAUGUACUGUAUCAUUGGUGAUUCGCUCCGGGCAAGAGGCCCUAGUAGUGAUUCGCAGAAUCUACCACCAGAUCGGAAUCUCGACCGACUGAGAAGAUCCGGCGAGAAACUCAGUGGGCUAAAUGGAAAUCUAUAAAAAAGCUCUCAAAUAAAGCAAUCGGCCUAUAUUUGUAAUACAAUUAGAGGCUAUGUCCUUUGAAAAUAAUAUCAGUGUUCUGUUCUAGGAAACUAUAGGAACACGUUAUUUAAAUCAAUCGCCCACAAGUAACUGUAUAAUAUCAGUAUUACAAUAGUGAUAAUAAUAAUAUGUAUGUAGUUGUUGUGAUUAAUAAUUUUGACUAAUUUAUUGAUACAGUUUUUAGUUUAUAGUGUAUUUAGUUUAUACGAAUAAUUGAAUCCAAAGCUUAUUGUGAAGGAAAUAAGGUGGUAAAUACAUAGGUAAGUUUUAUUAUCCGAUAGCUAUUAUGUUCUUCUUAUUUCAACUUCUAAAUCCAAAUUUGGAACUCAGGUCUUAAAGUGGUCUAUAGGUUACAAGCCAAAGCGUGUGCAGUAAUAAAAAGUAACAAAUUUAUAGCACGCUCAGUUCUGUGUCAGUGUCAUAAUAAGACAAGGUCGAUAUUCAUGUAACUAAGUUCAAAAUACGUGAUUUUGGGUCGAAAUUCUCGGUCGACACGCUUUCUGGGCUGUGGAAGCUAACUGAGUCGCUAGUGUCACGGCGUCCGUAUCUAAUCCCCGUCCGGACAAAAGCAGAACACAGCAAGUAAUGUGAGAUGGCGUCGCACUGUCUAAGCUUCGCCAACCCACUCCAACCACCUAACAAAUACAUGCCAUAUUAUAUUACGGGUAUAAUUUAAUAAGUAGAUUAUUUUUUUAGUUUCUAAGUUUUGUUCGUGUCUCUCAUGAAACUAUCCUUACGGAAAUAUGUUUUUGACGUGACAACGUCUUAUAAAUCGAUGGACCCGGCUGCAAGUACGAAAAACAUGACGCAUGCGGCGUUACCUCGCUCUGAGGCGUUCCAUUUAAGACUACAAGUGCAAGCGAGAGCGCGCAACGAGCGACAAAGAGGCACAAUCGGCCUCCGCGUUCGGCAGCGUUCGACAUCUGUCUCUCUACUACUUGAGUGAGCGAUGCAUCCGCGUGGACAGCUGCUAUACAAUAAUACAUUUACACGUUUUCAUCAAAUAUGAAGUUCAGUGAAAAGUGGAUGUGGUGUCAAUUGUUUAUAGCAACGAUAAUUGCGAUAAUUGAAAAAUGAAACCAUUCCAUCAGUAUUUUCUUAUGAGGUUGUCACGUUCAACUAUCGUCAGUAAGCCGACUUUACAGACAACCGAUUUUUUUUUUACUUGUAAAAUUUAAACAACAAUACUAUUUUGUUGUGUGUGUAAAGUAAUUCCCUAGUUUGGAUAGUAUAAUUAUGUUGGGCCAUUAAAUAUUUGUUGUUGUCAGUAGAACAACUAAACACGAAUGGUAAAAUUUAAUAUUAACAACAUUUCGGUUUUAUAAAGUUUACUCUAUAAUGCGAACGUCCACGGAAACUGGAUAUUCAGAACGAAUAAUCAAAUUGUAAAGUUAAAUAUAACAUUGAGCAGAAAUCUAAAUGAUGAUGAUUAAUCUGUUUUUAUUUAUUAACUAAGGUGAAUGUGCUGUUAAAUUCUCCAAAAAGACUUCGUAGAAUUUGUAUGAAUUCCCGUGGUUAAUUAUUUUCUUAUUUAUUUUAAUAGAAUGGCUGUUUGUGAAACGGAAAUAUCUUAGUUUGAUAAAUUAAGAGAUGUAUACGUUUUAGUAUUGCAUUAUGAAAUAAAAUAUAUUUUGUA